AUGAAGGCAAAGACACCCGUUACUGCCCGCUCGGGUCUCUUUGGAGAUGACUUCCGUACCAGCAAAAAGGAUAAGCGUCAGAUUAAGCAUGCGACCCUCAUGUCAAAGAUCGCCAAGAGCUCCAAAUCUCAGAAGAAGCGUCGCCCCUCCAAAAAGUUGGUCGCCAACCUAGAGUCCCUGGCCGAUGCCCUCCCGGACGCGGCGGAUGAAUCGCACGAUGCUUCCAGUCAGGCCAAUGUCAUCAAGCAGCAGACGCUACGACACAAGCCGGGCGCCUUGAAGCGUCGGGAAAAGCUGGAGAAGGUGGAACGUGAUCGGUUCGCACGGAACAUGGCCCAGAUGUCCGGUCUGCAGACUCAAGCAGCCGAUAGUACAGAGACCAGUGCCGAAUCGAACCCAACCGCAAAUCGCUGGUCGGCGCUACGGAGUUUCAUCUCGCAAACCAUGGAGCAACAACCCGUCUUCAAAGCCACUAAAUGA